AUGUUACAAUGUCUCAAGUCCACCCUUGCUGAAAGCUUUGCCGUUCGUGUCGUUCUUACUGACAGGGAGUUGGCCCCGAUGAGAGCUUUGAAGGUUGUUAUGCCGGAAGCGAAACACCUGUUGUGUAGGUACCACAUAUGGCAAAACAUAAUCAAGCACUACGAACCGGCAUUGCGGAUGAAGAAAGAUGUUAACAUUGACAAGCUUAAGGACUGGUGGAAAAAAGUCUAUCAAUCUCGGACUUUUGACGAGUUUAAGUCACAUGAGAAGGAGUUAAAAAAUAAACUUGCAGCUUUUCCAGGCGUCUACAAGUACCUGACCGAUAAUUGGUUGUCCCCGUACCGAGAGCAGUUUGUGUCCUGUUGGGUCGAUGGACACCUCAACUACCAAAACCACACUACAAACAGAGUUGAGGCCGAGCACCACCUACUGAAGGAAGAAUUGAGGGGGAAAUGCACAUUUACUAGAAUCCUGCAAUGUGUUGAUUCUGUCCUGAUCGGUCAAGAGACAAAAAUAAGGGGCCAACUGGGGUACAACAACGGGACCCGGAAGGGGAGUCAUAAUUACAACUGUAUGAAGGACCUGUUGGGAAAGUUUUCACAUAAAGCUUUGGACAUCAUGGCUGGUGAAAUCGUACGCUUAGACAAAGUCCUUAAAAGACACGUAAAAAAAUGCGGGUGCAAGGUUCAGUCAAGUUGCGGGCUACCAUGUGCCUGCAAGAUUGUCGAGUACAUGCAGAGCGCGACUCGUAUUCAGCCUCAUGUGAUAGACCCAUUUUGGAGAAAACUUGACUUAACACCGUGGACAUGCGUAGAAGACGAAGAUGAUGAAGACGAUGUCCAUAAAGUCGUCGAUGGUCUUACGAAUUUCUUGGAUCAGCAACCCAAGGCCCAAAAGAAACAUUGGUUGUCAAAGAUUAAAGACAUGUUUAAGCCCGGUAAGACACAAGUGAAAGAUCCUCUUGUUCAAAAGAGCACACGCGGAAGACCAGUCGGGUCGAAACAAAAGCCGCCAAAGGUGUCGGGUUUCAACAAAAAACCCACCAUGGCUUCGAAAAUCCAAGUCCAGUCGACCGAGGGAAGACAAGGUGCCCGAUUUGAACAAACCCCCACCUGCACAACCCGCCAGACAAAGGCACCACCGACACAACCUAACUAUGCACCCAUAUAUGAAACAACGCAAGAGCAGGUGUCAGAUCCAGAGUCAGAAGCAAAUUCCUCGGCCAGUUGGGUUGGGUCUGUUGCGGAACCGUAUAACGCCAGUCUGUCCAAAAAUUACGAUUGGGUAGUAGAUGAGCUACCAUUGUACUUAUGCCCGUACGUUGUAGGCGCACAUAAUGUCAAAGGAAAUGGUAAUUGUGGAUUUCGAGCUACCGCUGUUGCUUUGGGGCUAGAUGAGGAGAUGGGUGCAGAGUGGGUUUGUACGCAGAUGCUCGCGGAGUAUGAAUCUGACCUCGAUGGGUAUAUGCGAAUGUUUGGGCAAACUGAGGGCACCCGCAUGUUGUCGGCGCUGCGAACAUCUUAUUAUGGAAGAAGCCGACCCAGAGAUCAUUGA